AUGAAUGAAAACAAAAGAGAGAGAGUUGAUCACUUGCGUAAAGGGUCAGAGGUGUCACCUUACGACGCAUUACUUGCAGGCUCUAUUUCAGGAGCUAUAGCAAGAGCCGUGACUGCUCCGCUUGAUACUAUAAAAAUACGAUUGCAACUACAACCAAGGGGAUUCAAAGAAAGGAAAUCAAUAGCUUUUCUUGUCAAGAGACUAUUAAGAAAUGAAGGUAUAGUUGCGCUUUGGAAAGGAAAUGUUCCAGCUGAAAUAUUAUACAUAUUAUAUGGAGGAGCUCAAUUCACCUCUUAUGCUGUAUUAAAUGAUUUGUUAGACCAAUACACUAAUUUGAAUCCCGGCGCACAUUCAUUAGUUGUAGGAAGCGGUGCUGGUUGUGCUAGUACUUUGCUUACUUAUCCUUUUGAUUUAUUAAGAACGAGAUUAGUAGCGAAUCGUGAAAGAGUUCUACAAUCAAUGACAAAGACAAUAAAAAGCAUCUAUAGAAAGGAUGGAAUCUUGGGAUUUUUCCAAGGGAUAAAGCCCGCUUUAUUAUCAGUUACAUCAAAUACCGGAAUCAUGUUUUGGAAUUAUGAAUUAGCUAGAGAAUAUUCUACUCAGUAUAAUAAUAUUCCAUUUAUUGAAGGGAUAUGUGGAUUUAUAGCUGGCUCAAGCUCAAAGGCAAUCACAUUCCCGUUGGAUACGCUACGGCGUAGAUCACAAGUCUAUUCCGUAGUGCAUAAUACUAAGACGGCACCUGCGGUACAUAUUUUUGUCAAGAUACUAAAAAACGAAGGAAUAUUCGGACUAUAUAAAGGAUUUGGCGUGAGUCUUGUUAAAACUGCUCCAACUAGUGCAGUUACCAUAUAUUUUUAUGAAUACGCCUUGGAAUAUAUACAGGCGAGGAAUUCCAAUAAAAUGACUGCACUCGUGUAA